AUGUCGAACCAACCAGGAGCUGUGAAACAUGCCGAUAUUCAAGUGCUCUGCGUCAGAUAUCUCGAAGCUGGGCGCUUAAGGGGGCUUUAUUUGCCUGUGGAAGCUUUUCUUGAUCCUGCUUCGCCAGAGCGGGUCUUGCCAGGUGGUGUGCCCAAAGACCUUGGUGGAAUCUAUCGGCGAUUGCUCCAGCAGGUUGAAGACAAAGAACAACUGGCCUCCAUUCUUCAAUGGGCCGUUCUCGCUGCUCGACCCAUGACAGUGAACGAACUGGCAGUGGCAGCGGAUAUCAAGGCGUCUGAUACCCUGACGCCAGCAGAAAUCCUGAACGGCAGACUCGCAUCUUAUAUUAAUAUUGAUUACAACACUUAG